UGCUAAUUCACUGUACACUGGCAAUUUCUUGUGCAAACCUAAAUAUAGUCAUGUUUGUACAUUUCCCAAAGUGUGCUGAGUCUGGAAUGCAAGAUCGGCCCAGACGCAUUAAGUCUCUCCCACCCCCACACCCCCAAAAAAUAACAGUCAUGGGCAACUGCGCAGUGUCAACCAGAAAAUUUUACUUAGGAGGAACCAGUGACAAAGACGUAUAGCUUUCUUAGAGUUUGCAUAUUGCCACGUCAGACUCACUUGAAUUAGUCAGUAAACCAUUCAUUCACGCAAUGCAUCAAGGAUGCCAACUUGGCACUCUUCAGAUGAUGUAAUUGGUCAUUAACAAAACUGGAUACAUCAUACUGUCAAUUAACGCUUUUCAAAUCGAAGAUACUAUUUACACUAAAGCAGUAUUUAAAAAGAUGGAAAAAUUAUGCUUGGGGUACCCGUCGCUUCCUUCGCCCAGCAGCCCAACUCAUCCCCUCCUCGAAACACCAUUGUUAGGAGGUGUAUUAGGUUUAUUUGUUAAAGGUUUAUUCGGGUGUUAAUCAGGCCUGUAGAUGCAGACUCGUCAAAACUGUCCAGACAAUUCCCUUUGCCUAUUCUUUCCGGCUCCUUGUGGGAGACUAUGUGCGUUUCAUUCAUCCGUUGUAUAUGGUGCCGGUCGCUUGGGAGAACACAAGGAGAGACAUGGCAGCUGACAAGGCCCGCCGCCCAGACGUGAGCAUGUCCUGCACAGGAUGAUCAGUCUACUUCGUCAGGUUUGUAAACCAGUUCUUUGGUCGGAUCAGUUUACGUUGUUUGACUGUUGCAAGUAAAGGUUCCUGGUCACAAGUUUUUAUGUUUUCUGUACGACAUCUAGAGCAGCCUUUUUAAGGCACUUGCUCUCGAAUGCCUGGAUUUUUCUGACCGUAUCGAGAAGCCGAGCCCACGUUUCACAUCCCUGAAACAGGAUCGGUACUACAAGGGACUUGUAGAUAUUGUAUUUCAUUGUAAACCUGAUAUUGUGGCCUAGCCAUUACCGCUGUUGCUGUCGCGAUCUUGAGGCGGAUAGCUGCCGUGGAGCUGCUGUCUAUGGGGAUUAUGGCAGUUAAUUAUCUCUUUGAGUCACCCUCCAUUCACGUAGAUAUGCUGUGCGGUCACUAAUGGCCAUGGCUUUACUCUGGUCUCCAUUCCACAUUACGUUUGAACUGUCAGCCGGGUGGUAAGCUUUUCAAAGCAAUGUACGUGUAGUCUGCAAACCGUAGGCUGCGAUUCGGUUUUCCAUCAAUGGAAAUGGAAAUGUCAUGGUCGUGAAGAGUUUCACGGAUGAUUUCUUCCAAAAAAGAUGUUGAUUAGCACAAGUGAUUGCGGUCACCCUUGACAGACACCUACCAUCGUGUGAAGAAAUCUCCUGUUUGAUUAUCGAGCAGCACUUCUCUCGUUGAGCUCUAUACAUUGGACGAGACUCUCUUCGAUGAUCACAUGCCAUAGAACCCUGAUGCCAGACUCUGUAAAAAGCUUGUUCAAGUCUAUGAGUUUAUGACAGAGAUCCCGCUGAUGCUGAAGGUCCUUCUGUGUCGUAUGUUUUCCAAGUCAUAAAUUCGUGUCUACAUCGAUCACAGUUCACCAAGUACAAUGUAGCAAAUUGGCCUCCAGCUUUGGCAUUGAUGACGGCUCUGACCAUUUCUCUAUGUAUGAGGAACACCAUGCCAUGCUUGUAUCUAACGUCCUCCUCACAGAGUCCCCAAGUCCUGUCCAUCUGUCCUACGUCAGUCCCACGACGUCCCACCCACGGUACCGUCAUGGCUUACGUGGGAGUUCUUUCCCUUUGCCCUCUGUUGGAAUGUGCGGACGCUUCACAUACCAACGGAUGCUACUUUUCUCAUCUUUGUAUAUACUUUGGUUCUAUUAGCACAUUUUUCGCUAUCGUCACCAUAGAGCCUGUCGGUAGCGAACGGGCCUCGACCGUCCCGGCAUGAUGUUUCUUUUGCAGUGAAUAUCUGUGAUCCUGUCCCUGGGCUGAGAAACAUAUGUUGUCGACGCCUCUCCAAGUAAACCACAACCGAUCGAAGGGUGCUAGGCCCUGGCAGGUACUUUCGUCUCAGAAGGUCUUCAGCCUUGGAUGUCUUUUUAGCACCACAAUUUUCAAUAGGGGUUUAAUCCCUUAAACUUUAUCUUUCGCAACUCUGCCAACAGUUAUGCAGCGGGUUCGUAAAGUACAGUAUUCUCCCCUCUGAUAACUUCACCACCAACAGUCUUCUACAGAACUCAAAAUUGAAAGCUUUGAUCGAGCAGCCAUGUAUAUUAAAUCACCUCCUUGUCAAGUGGAAUUCUUGAAAAGUAAUGUAAAACUGGCAAGAGAUCAUAAAAACCAUAAUUUUACUGUUACUUUCAAAUCACAGCGUUGCACGUACUACAUACAUGGCAGCAGCUGGAUAGUGGGGUUUCUCUACGACAAAUUAACAUAGGGUCGCAGAUCACUUUAAAAAAAAUUCAAUAGUUCUACAGUUCCUUUGGAAGCCUGCAGUCAUCAUCUUUUACUCUAAACAUUGAAAUAUAAUUCACUCGCGGACCACAGAAUCCGAAUACCGACUGCUCCCUGACCUUGGCAAAGUAACCCAGUGGCAGACGUACAUACGCAACUGGACGUUCGUACAUUCGAUCGACAGAAGUGCGUUUGUGUCUGCAUGAGGGACAUUUUAGUCCUAUGCUUGGCACGGAUUUUACGUUUUAUGGAAAAAUCACACAUUUUUCUGUACGGAAGUAUACAGAUUUUCAUCUUUUUACUGCUUGUGCAUUAUUUUUUCUGAGCCGGGCUGUAUCGUCGCAUGCUGCAUCCAGUUUCGUCUGCUCAUUAGCAAAUAAGAUUCUUGUGGGAAUAUGCAGAACAAAACCGUGAGCACAAAAAACUGCAGUCAUUUGAGCAUGACUUCUGCACACUGAAAGGUGGAGGCAGCAACAAUGGCCCAACGUACAAAACGAAAACAUACGGCCAUGACUGCAGAGGUGAUGCCUGCUCCUUCAACAGCCAGCAAUGUUGCAGCUGCUAUCAAACAAGAUGCAGCAAGCGCUAGUGCUGAAAAGGACAGGGACUCCUCAGAUGAACCAAGAAAAAAGGCAAAGCCUUCAACACCUGUGGCUGGAAAGUCUACAGACACUGACAAAAGUCCUGAAGAAAUUCUUGAAUACCUUGAAGAAACAUUUGAUGUGCGGCGUUCUUUCAUUACCCUAGAAAUGCCAAGCAUACCUGAGGUCAUGGAAACUUAUCCAUACCUGUUCCGAGGAAAGCAUCUUUUGAUUGAAUUUCUUCGUAUCAGCAAAAUAGACAUCGACCAUGCUAUUCAAGAGUACUGUGUGAAAUUUGCACAAGGGAUUUUAUCAGCUGCUCGGCGCUUAUCUGGUGCAGCAGUCAUUUUGCGACAAGCCGAAGCAGCCAAGCAGGAGAAUGCAACUCUCCGACAGUACUGGGACAUGGUGACAGCCAUCUGUCUUCUUCCUAUGCUUUUACGUGAAAAUCUGGUGGAGAUGAUUAGGGAGGUUGGAGAAGAUGAUGAGGUAGAUCCAUCGGGUAAAAUAGUUCCCAUGCUUGUCUCUCGUGGAAGUAUUUUCACCUCUGACCAGUUCUUCCUCAUAGCAGAGGAGACAAUUUUGCAAGAGUUUGAAGAGUUCACCAUGGCAUUUGCUUCCCUGUUUGCUAGCUACUGGGUUUUUAAUAUGGAAUACCCUCGCACUCUUAACAACACUUAUAUGUUUGUGCAGAAAGUGAUGCUGCAUCUUAGGGGAGACCAGACUCCCCUCCCACCCCCUUGCAAGAUGUUGGUCCAGCGCCUCACAAAAUGGGCCAAGGAUCACAAAAGCAAAUGAUCAUCUGUGAACAGUGUGCAUUUUAUACCAGGAGAGAAUGGUUGUUUUGGGGGAGUCACUUUAAGGGCUGGCAGAUAUAGAGGAGAUAUAUUUUUAAUUUCUGAAAUUCAGAAGAUGUAGUCUUUGCAAUUUUUCACCCUCAAGCAAAUUUAUAGUUGCUUCUAAAUGGAAAGUGACAUCUUUUAUAGGUCUUGAAGGACUGUGAGUGGUAUCUUCUUAUGAAGAUUUCUUUUUCUGCUUGAUUUACCCAGUGGGAUUCCAUAACAUAAGGAGACUUGAGUGUCAUGCAUAACCUAUAAAUAAAAUGUUUUGUGCCAUAAAACUGUCAUGACUGUAAUUGAAAAACUCUGCUCUGCAGAACACUCUCAAAAACCAUCAACAAACUGUUUUCAGGAAUAUAUUUACCUUUUUUCUGCUUUAAAGAAUAUUAUGUGUUAGUGAUUUUUUGUACCUUCCAAAACUGACCAAAGAUAUUAAUUUAUUGAUUUGUAAUUUAAAAUCCCAUGUAAUCAACACCUAGGACCUGCACGAGGUAUGUUUGUUUCUUUUUGGGUUUUUUUCAUAUGCCAACCUACAAAAUAUUACAGCAACAUAUAGCAAUUUAGCAAUUCUUCCUUGACAUUUGCUUGUGAAUGGUGCUAAAUACUCUACACAAAAAGAGUUUUUGUGCAAGAUGCAAAUCAGUCUAAAGUAAUAAUAUGUUAAAAGCAUCAAGCCCAUCAGUUUUCAUUUUGUAUUAAUAUUAUUUUUCAGUGGAGAAAAUAGAUAAUAGUUCUUGUGCUUCCAGACUAAUUGGUAUAGGAAACCUUUGACUCUUCUGUGUGCAAGCUUCGUUAACCUUGAUUUGUAUUGUGCAAUGAUAUAAAAUAACAAUCAGAUUUCUUUUAUGUGUUUUUUUUAGAUUGUGUUAGAUUUUCCUCUUGUUACAUUCAUAAAUGUUUUAUGGAAAAUAUUCCAUCCAGUCAGAGUAGUAGAUGAUCCAGAUUUUCAUUUAUCAUUUGGUUUGAAUGUAAAAGUGUUAUUAAUAUCUUGUCACUAAAGAUGCCAGCAGAAUCUGACAGCUUGCAGACUAGUUAUUUGUUUGGAUGGCAAUAAGUGUAUCUGAUGUGAAAGGAUUUAUUGCAGUUCACGAGGUGCAGCAUAAUGUCACCUUUUUUUAGAAAACAUAUUUUGUGCUUUGAUUACAAGAAAUUUAUAAUCAUAUUUUUUUCUCUCUGGCUGUAUGUCUUAAAGACUAGAUCAAGUUGAAUGUAAAGCUAAACUCAAAGCUGCUGAUGGGUUAAUGAAACACACUACAGUCAAUAAUUUGUAAUGAAGAUGUGUUUAUGAUUUCUUAUUUUGUUUCUAAAAAGAAGACAUCAAUAGCAUCAUGGACAUAUAGUUUAAGAAAUCUUGUCAGAGCAUCAAACUACAUGAUCAUGUAUUGUUAUUUUGAGAGCUAUCAACAACAAUUCCUGACAUAGAAACUUGGAUUUUCAUCCCUUUUAGAGAAGGUUCUUUGAAUAAUAAUGUUAAAAGGAUAAUAUUUUGUGAUUGAGAAUAAAUUAUUUACUUAGAUUUUGAGAGUACCAUGGUAAUGAACAUAACUAGAUCAUUCUAAGCUUGAAGGAUAACUUUUAAUAUGCAGGUAUUCUUUGCGAUUCUUUGCGAGCAGCUUGUUGGAAGUCAAGAAAGAAAUAAUUUAUUUAACAAAACAUUUUUUGAAAGUGAGAUAAGAAAAUGAUAUAAUGAGUGUAUAAGAAAGAGAGAGAAUGGGUGUGACACAUGAAUAUGCACAUGUAUGUCUGUGGAAUAUUAAAAUUGAGCAGCUUGUGAAUCAAAGUAGUUAAUUUCUUGAGUUCACUCUUUUCUUUAAAUAUGUUGUCAAACAUUCUUUAAAUGAAAGAACAGAGGAACAAACCAUAUUGAUCUCUAUAAUUUGAAUUCUUUGUUUGCAAAUGCAAGAAUUUAUCUUGCAUCAAAGAUUUUCAGUAAUCUGCUGGAUAGAAGACUGGGCUGUGAGUCUGGAUUUGAAAAGCACACAAAUCCAACACAUGAAUUUACUAAUUUUCUUCACGGCCUCUUACCUUUGCAAUGUUACUGUGAAGGAAAAUGACUGUGCUGUGUAAAUGGUAUAUGCAAGCAGAUUUGGCUAGGAAGUAAUGCUGGCAGUUACAGUCCUUGCAUGUACAAAUUAGAAAGGUAACCUCAAAUGUCUUGUUGAUUGGUGCACUGUUUGGUCCUAACAGUUCUUUUGAUUUUUGCUUGCUUGUGUUUUAGGCCUUAAUUCUUACAGCAUUUAGUUUCAUUUUUAUCUCUCUUUCUGUAUCUAUUUCUCUCUAAUCAAAGUGAGAGUAAUAUGGGAACAAUGGGAAAAAUGUGUGAUUAUUCUAUUUUUAGAUUUGUGCUGACACCAGUUACAGACACUAAGCCUGUGCACCAUCCUUCCCAGAUUUGCUAGCAUAGAUCUUUAUACUAUCCUUAUUCAUUUUUUUUUAAUUUGACAAUUUUUAUCUGUAAGGUGGCGAAAAUAGUUUUUUUUAUUACCAAAUUUCUGAGAGAGCCAAGAAUUUUAUAUUUUCCCUUCCACCAGUUCAUUUGUUGUCCAUUUUUCAAACCAUUCUAACAGUAAUAUUGAAGAUGAUGAGUGCAGUUCAUUGGGUACACUUUUACUCAGUAUUUUGUUAAAUUCAUUUGUUUUGUAAAUUAUUACUUCUAUCCCGUCCAUUUUGCCUGUCCUUACCACAGAGAGACACUAAAAAGUAUUCUUUAUUCAUAUUCCAAAUUUUUCUAAACAGUUUGUCAAUGUGCUUGAUUUUAGAAACACAUCUCUGUCUAUUUUACAUUAUUGUUUCAUACAUCCAUCUUUUUUGUAUCCAGGCUUUCAGGAUUGUAUAUUAUCAUUUAUUUGGCUAAUCAAUAGUACACUACUGCAGAUUUGCAAAACUACAUUGGAAAAACAUGCAAUAAUUUUGACUUUAAUAUCUUAUCUUUGGCACAUCAUUUAGCAUUACAGGAUCAAUAGAAUGAAACAAUUUAAAGCACAACUUGUUUUCUGCAUUUCUGUAAAUUAAUGCCUAACAUAACAGCUAGUUGGGUCCCAGAAGUCUGCCAGAUUUAAAUAAGACUUCACGAAACUGUUUCUAUUUAAUGUAAGACUCAUCAUAAGUAUAUUUAUGUAUUUCAAUAAGAGUCAAUCAAUGGUAAGCUUAAUGGUUAAUCUGCAUGUACUUGGAUCUCUGCCAUCAAUUGUGAACUUUAUUACAAACUGUAUGCUAGUUCUCAUAUUUCACCUUGAACUGCUGUAAUAAGUGCUAUACCAAAUCUUGAAUUAAAAAAUAAUGUUUUGAUGCUGUAUACCAUAUAGUUUUAGUUUAAAUAUUACAUCUGGUUAUUAAGUUUUUCAAAAUAAUAUAUUUGUAUUUUCUUAACUAUAUUUUACUUUGAAGUGAUUAUCUAUAGGAUGAAAAAAUUGGAAAAAUGCAGGACAGUGUUUUUGGUUGUUGCUUCAAAUCAUUUGAUCAUAAGUAAAAAGAAACAUAGUGAGAUAAUCUAAAGCCUACAUACAUUUUAGUUCUAACCUUUUUGGUUGAUGGAAGGAUCUAUGUUGUGCAACAACUCCUAAAUAAAAUUACUUUCAAUUUGGAUGCAUAGUAUGGUCAUGUAAACUUGUGUGCACGACCACAUUUUACAGCCCUUCAUGUACAGAGAGCAGAAUAAAGCAAUUUUCAGUGCAGAGUAGAUCUCUUGCUGUAAGAUAUUUCCCUUUUAAUUGUAGUAAAGUCUAUUAGUAUUGCUGGCAGUUCAAGAUGUAUAGUUAUAAGCUAGAAUUUGCAAUACACCUGCCAAUUUUUGCUGAGAAGAAAAUAUCUACAAUUGAACGUUACCAAUCCUGAUUUCUUUAUGGUGACAUAAAAAGGAUUUUGAACUGGUGACAUUUUGAGUGGUGUAAUUGAUACAAGGCUAACCUGAAGAAUUAUUGCCGUUAGAAAGUGGAUGCUAUGAAUGUCCCUUGUGAUGUAAAAAAACAUUUUGUAUUAUCAGACCAAUAUCACAGCUUGGUGAUUAAUUAAAGUAGUGUGUGAAGUAUUGAUUGUAAGGAAAGGAAAAAAGUCUUGGUUGGAGUGUAGUAUGGAAUGUGGUUAACACUGGGCUUUUCUGCUUAUUUGUAGACAAGGUGAGCAGAGGGCACCACGCAGGCUGCUUACUGGAGUUAGCUUUUGUCCCAGAUUGCAAAGGUGUAAUCAUGUACAGCAAGUUGGGUUGAAAGCCUGUCAGAUCAUUGCAAGUUUACACUCAUGAUUUUUCAGUCAUAGUCAUGUUACUCGAAACAUGAAGAUGAAAAAAACCCUGAAACAUUGGUUAUAAUUUAAACAGCAAGUAUUAAAAACGUUAAGAAGAUAAUGCGAGUAGGAUGAACUUGCAUAGGUUGGCUGACCAUGCUGCCUGAGCUUUAGGACAGGCAGUCAUAGGUGAGUCUAUUUGUUUGUAAUCAGGGUAUGAUUACAUGACUUGCAGGGUUAGAGCAAAAGGCUUGAUUUUCCAUUCUGCAGAACAAAUUGCAUGUGUAUUUUUACUUACGGAAUUGUACAAUGUUCAUAAGUUUUAGAUUUUCAUUUUUGUCUUCUUUUUAGUCUUUCAGGAAAAAAAGAAACAGAAUCUCACAUAGGCUAUAUGUGUAUGUUCAGUUUAAAUUUUAAGAAAAUAUUGCAGAACUCUGUACUGUUGAAAAAUAACUACUUAGCUGCUUGAUGAACUUAUCUAUUUUAUUUCAGCACAUUUUAUUAUCUAAUAAAUGCACAGUAAUUUGCUAGAUGACAAGCUGUAAUUUUGUCUCUUUGUGGACAAUAAUAUUUAGGUUUACAGAUGCACAAUCUUAAUUUCUUUGAAUAAGUAAUUAUUUUGAAAGCAUUAAUUUAAAAGGAUUUAUUUAAUUUCUAAAUGAAUGAAUUCUACUCAGAUGCACAUUUUGGAAUAUUUACCAUGUUUUACAGUAACAAACUCAAAUAUAACAUUUAACUAUCAGUGCAGACAUAUUACACUGAUAUGUAACAUUUUCUAUCAUAUUAUCUGUCAUGUUAUUUAUCAUAUUAUUUAUUUAUUCUAAACGAAAAACAUUACAAGAAUGUGCAUGUCAUACUUGUUUUGGCACGUUAUCCAAUGAAAAUUAUAUCACUUUAACUAGCCUAGCAUUAUGUCAUUUGGAGUUUGAGUAAUUUUUAUUUUAAAGUGAAAUACUAAUUCAGCUUUUGCCAUUUUUUUCCAAAUGUAUAAUUUUGGAUUCUUAGUCUAUAUGUCAAGGUUUUUGAAUAGUACAAAGUCAGCAUUAAGGAUUAGGUAUGUUAGCAUUUGUAUGAGCACAUGUACACAAAUGCAUAGACUUAAAAACAUGAGAACAACCUGCCAGUGUUAGCACUACAGGACAUCCUUCUAAGAAUAGAACUUGCUCCAUUGUGCAAUAGCCAUGCAGAGAUUUUUAUUAGAUUUACCACUUUACAAAUUUUUCAAAUGACUUUGCUGAGCCUAGUGCCUAUUACAAGAUAUUAUUUCACAAAAUCUGAGUCAACAUUAAUAAUCCUCUUCCAUUCAAGCCUUUACCACAGUGCACAUGAAAAGGUCAAACAAUGAUGUCAUGAAAGUCCAUUCAUACAGCCAAUGGGCAGGCUGGGAGUGUGUAAUGGUGCUUCAUGACAUCAUGGUUGUAACAUCUUCCUGUGUACUAUGAUAUGUUUGUAUCUCAAGACUCAUAUCUUGGGAAAUAUUGUUUGAAGCUCUGCCGAGUCAUUUGAAAAGAAAGAUAGGCACUCUGUUGCCCUUGAAAGCCUAUAGCAGGCUUUUAUGUUCACAUUUAUGUAAUAUUGCAUUAGCAUCUCUGAUAUUUGAUAAGAGAACAAUUGCAUUUAUAUGAAAUGUAUUUCAUGAUAUAAUAAAGCCUUGGUCUGAACCGAUUCUGCAUAUGGUUCUUGACAAAAUAUGCAUGCAGGAAAAGUCAGUAGCUAGGUCUAAAGAUCUCUUUCUUUUUUUUUAAUAACUCAUUUUGACAGAUGCUUUUGAUUGAUUGGGUGGACAGUUGUUUUUUCCUGCCAGUCCAAUUAAACAAGAACGGAAGCUUACCAAGCCUUGAAAAAGUAGAGGUAGUAGGAAGAACAUGCAGAAGAUUCAACAACUAAAUUAGAAACAAUAGAAGAGAAUAUUUCUUCCGAAGCAAAUUGUGAAAUCCUAUCUUCAUUUCCUUCUAACAUCUCUGGGUAACCCACUUUAUUAUGUUUUUUGUAAUGUGUCUGUCCAGAAAUGUUUUAAGUGGUAUUUUUUGGUGUUUUCCUACUAUCUAGUUGCAUUUUUUACCAAGUUGUUUUUAAAAAGAAACAGUAUUUCAGCAUAGAAGUGCUGGUAAUUAUGCAUUUGGUUGUGACAAUUAUCUGAGAUAUGCAUUUAUUUUCAUGGCUUUGUCAUUGUGUAGUAAAACUUUUUAAGUUCUUUGGAGUAAAUUUUGCUCUACCAAAAA